GGGAGAGGCCCGCCUUCUUCCGGGACCCGUUUCUCUCUUUUAUUUUGGCCUUUCCAAGAUGGCCACGUCUCUGGGGUCGAACACGUACAAUCGGCAGAACUGGGAGGACGCGGAUUUUCCCAUUUUGUGCCAGACAUGUCUUGGAGAAAAUCCCUAUAUUCGAAUGACCAAAGAGAAAUAUGGAAAAGAAUGCAAGAUUUGUGCCAGGCCGUUCACAGUGUUUCGGUGGUGCCCGGGUGUACGGAUGCGCUUUAAAAAGACAGAAGUGUGUCAGACGUGCAGCAAACUGAAGAAUGUUUGUCAAACCUGCCUUCUUGACCUAGAAUAUGGUUUGCCUAUCCAGGUUCGAGAUGCUGGACUCUCGCUUAAAGAUGAUAUGCCAAAAUCUGAUGUUAAUAAGGAAUAUUACACCCAAAAUAUGGAAAGAGAGAUCAUGAAUUCUGAUGGCACCCGACCUGUUGGUGCUCUAGGAAAGGCAACAUCCACCAGUGACAUGUUACUCAAACUAGCUCGGACCACCCCAUACUACAAACGUAACCGGCCACAUAUCUGUUCAUUCUGGGUGAAAGGAGAAUGCAAAAGAGGAGAAGAGUGUCCCUACAGGCAUGAGAAACCUACAGACCCAGAUGAUCCUCUGGCUGAUCAGAACAUUAAAGAUCGUUACUAUGGUAUUAAUGAUCCAGUGGCUGACAAACUUCUCAAACGAGCUUCCACAAUGCCACGUCUUGACCCACCUGAUGACAAGACAAUUACAACAUUGUACGUUGGUGGCCUGGGUGACACUAUCACUGAGACGGACCUUAGGAAUCACUUCUACCAGUUUGGUGAGAUUCGGACAAUAACUGUGGUGCAGAGGCAACAGUGUGCGUUUAUCCAGUUUGCUACACGGCAAGCUGCAGAAGUGGCAGCAGAGAAGUCCUUCAACAAGUUGAUUGUUAACGGGCGGAGGUUGAAUGUAAAAUGGGGCAGGUCUCAAGCAGCCAGAGGGAAAGAGAAAGAAAGAGAAGGGAUCACAGAAUCGGGUAUAAAGCUGGAGCCAGUCCCUGGACUACCAGGAGCUCUUCCUCCUCCUCCUGCGGCAGAAGAAGAGGCAGCUUCGGCAAACUACUUCAAUCUACCUCCCAGUGGUCCUCCAGCUGUAGUAAACAUUGCCCUGCCGCCACCGCCUGGCAUUGCUCCCCCACCACCUCCAGGUUUUGGACCACACAUGUUCCAUGCGAUGGGUCAUCCACCACCAUUCAUGAGAGCCCCGGGUCCCAUCCACUAUCCUUCUCAAGAUCCUCAGAGGAUGGGUGCCCAUGCAGGAAAGCACAACAGCCCCUAACCCCACCAGCUCUCCGUUAUCUUUUAAGUUGCUCUCUUGUUUGUUUGUUUUUUAAGAAGGAACGUUUCUUUGGUAGCAUACCACAUUCAGGUGUAAUGAGUGGAAAACAAAAUAUUGCUGUGUAGGCAGCACAGGCUUAGUCCUACUCUGAUACACAACUAGAAAAUCUGAUUACUUUUUAACCAAAAUUACUUCUGCGUAAGGGAAGGGUGAUGUCUGCUUAAACAAAAGCAGAAAAGUGAGCUAGAAUAUUUUGAUUUAGAACUACCAAUCUCAUCAUUUUUUAAGAAAAAGCAAGCACAUUGUAUUUUAAAAUACAUUUCCUUUUUAUCCCCCCCCCCCUCCACUGUAUUUCCAAUCUCAUCCGUGGAUCUGAUUUGGGACUCUUUGAAAUAUAGUGUCUUGGGGAAAAAUUAACUAAGGAAGUUUGUAAUCCCCAGCCACUUCAACAGUGGGAACUAGCAAACUUUGUUGUUCACUCUGACCUAAUCCAUUUAAACAUCAGAUUAUGAUAUUGCCAUGAAACCAGACCUAGAUUUUACCUUGUAUUAUACUGAGAUGGAAAGAUGGUGUGUGACAUUGCAUUCAUGCUGUUUCUCACAAUUCAAGAUCUUGUCUGCAAUACAUGCUACCAAACUGUUGGGGGCAGCAGUGGCCGUGCAUGCUUUUUUUAUCCUCUGUUAAAGAGGUUGGUGAUUCUUGAGUUGUGGCGUAUGCGGCCUUCGUGUUCAUUUGCUACUAAAACUAGUCUGGUUUAUUUUGUAAUUUAACAUUUGUUACCAAUGGCUGUUCUAAAUAUAUCUUCUCAGUAUUUGCCCUGUACCAUCUGUUUUCUGCAUAGAGUCUGUAAUGUGUCCUAGUAAAGAGAACCAUAUUUUUUACCAUU